AUGUCAGCCGUCACAGAAACCCCAUCGUCAGAGACCUCCCAUCAUUCCACAACCACAAAAGCUCGAUCUGCCGCUUUACUUAAACAGACUUCUACCCGCUUGCCUGCACCACCUGCUGCCAUGACGGGCGCAAAUAGCGAGGCGUCAUGUCAAUUAGUUGGGACUGACACACUAAUUGCAGCUCAAGGAACAACAUUGAGACCGGGCGCAGGCGCUGCAAAAACAAAUGAAAUUUCGCCCAGUUCAAUCCUUGGUAUGGAGACAGAUAAAGCGAUAAAAACUGUCCAAGAUAAUGAAAAAGAACAUGGAGCUGAGCAAUGGCAACUUCAAAUGCAAGCCCUUCAGUUGCGGCUCGAUCAAGCCCUACUUCAGCACAAUCAACUGGAGGAGCGUGUACACGAGAGUGAUGAACGCAUAGAAAAUUUAGAAAAUGAGAAACGCGAGGCUCUCAGGCAGAAGAGAGAAAUAGAGAAUAUUUACGAGGCCGAACAAAGCUCAAUGAUAAAGCAACGAGAAGAAUCAUCUACCCGCGAAGAAGAAAUGCAGGCAAUAAUCCAAAAACUAAAAGAAACCCUGAAUAAUCGAGCAGAAGGAGAUGAAGACUCGCGAAUAUCCCGACGAUCUAAUAACCAAUCGCCCAUCCUCGAUGGUAAUCAGUUUGCUCCCUCAGACUCGAAUCGCAGUGAUUCUCGUAAUAACUCUAAGCUAUUGCUACAAAAAGACCGCCUCAUUGAGUCAUUGCGUCUAGAAUUGGCUGAAGCGCAAAUUAAGCUGGUAGAGUCUGAAAAUAUGGGUGGCGGUCGCCUGCAAGAAAUCGAAAAACAGUUGCUGGAAGCUCGCAUGACAAAUGCAAGAUUGAUGGAAGAUAACGAAAGCUAUCAACUGCAUUUAUCAGAAAAGAAUAUGGGUGUAGAUGCUGUAAAAGAUGAGCUUACUAGCACCGUCACACACAACCUUGACGCACUGAGUGCCCUAGAAGGUCGGGCUGCACCUUCUAACCUCACCGAAGACCUUUCUGGGUCAAGAGAAGGAGAAAAUAGACGCCUAGAAGCAGAGCUAAAAUCGUCUCAGGAUCAGAAUAAAGCCUUAACUCUAUAUGUGAACAAGAUAAUCGAACGUCUUGUUCAACAUCCAGAUUUUGAGACGAUCAUUGACCAAACCUCAGAAUUCAGACCAGGGUUGACCUUUUUAAGUAAAGACUUGCCACCUAUUCCACGAGAGACUAAUGGAGCUUCUAUUCUACAACGUGCAAAGACCGUAGCAAUGGGCGGCUCCCGGCGUCAACGACCGCAGUCCUUUAUGCCACCAUCAACACAGUCCCUGGUUACUGAUCAAGGAACGGCCCCAAGUAUUCCCUUAUCUAACAACCGCGCUAGCAGUUAUCGUAGCAGUCGACCCAGAAGCGAACAAUUUACGGCAGGUGUGACGACCAGCUUUACACAGCAGAUAUACCGGAGCGGUCACACAUCUCCUCCUCUCGGUCCACAAUCACCGCGUCCAUCUCCAUCACAUAUCACCUCAUCCACACAACAUACUCUUCCACACACUGUAAACCGCGCACCAUCAUCAGGUCAGGUUCCGACGGCAGCAAAUUUUUCUGGCAUGAGGAGCGAGUGCAGUAGCAUCAGUGGUGAUAGUGGCGAAAUGCAGACUUCGACGAGUAAUUCUCCCCCCAGAAUAGAAAAGGCCACCACAUUUGCUGGUAAUAAACCUCGACCAUUACGGCUGCUACGUGAAAAUACAUCUGAAGAGGAAGCGGGACUAAAGAAUGCAAAGAGAGCCAGCUGGAUGGGGUGGGCAUUUGUUAGUUUUCUACGGAAAAUUGGUGAUCUUCCUGAUCAGCAGAAUUCUGGAAAAAAGUUAAGUCUUGUCGGAAAAUAUAUUAGGCACCAGGCAGGAAGAUUUGCAUUGGGAGUUCUUUCAACCGGCAGCGUAUAA